UGCAAAGCUUUCAAAGCAUUAUGUAACAUUGAAGCCUUUACGUACAAAAAUUGAUAAAUACAUUAAGGAUUUAUUCAAUUCGUUACUCAUAUUUACGGACUAUUUUAUUGUUUGGAAACAUUGAUAUUUCCAUACGCGGUGUAUAAACAAUAUGGCGUCUCAGCCAUCAGUGUGUAGCGACAGAGCCAGUAUGAUGAUAGGUUUCUAAUUCUACUUGUGAUUACGAAAAUACAAACAUGCCGACUAUUUUUGAACAGCAGGACAGAACCGUUGAUGGUUCAAGCGCCAUCGACAAUAGUGCCGUCGAUGGCGAAUCGAUCAACGAAAAGGCGCUAAUGAUCGAGUCCAUGGAACUUGUGGAGCCGCGGAAGAAAACCCAAGUCCCUAACCACUUACUGGAAACGAAGACGUAUGCAAAAGUAGGUCAGAAUGAAAUCAUCCACGCCAAGCCCGCUGUUGUGCACUUUGAAGGAUUUGAAGUCGGAGAAAAGCAGACGAAGCGUCUGGUCCUGCUCAACGCGUCAUCGGACGUGCUCCGCAUGCACAUCAUCCCGCCCCAGACCCCUCACUUCUGUGUCAAGUACACCAAGCCCGCACGGAUGGUUGCCGGGACGACGUUGGAGUGUUUGGUGGAGUUUGUCCCCGACGAGUGGCGCUACUACUACGACUGCAUCAGGAUCCACUGCCCGGCUGUCCCAGAGGUUCCCUCUCAAGUGCAUGGCUCCCAUAGACUUUGAGUUCAACAUCAAAUACCUACAGCCUCACCCUGCCUUUUUGGUGGAGCCACUCAAUGGCAUCGUGCCAGCGAACAGCGAGGCUGAAGUGACGGUGACCUUUGCCCCUUUUGAGUUCCAGACGGCGACCAUGAAGAUAGAGCUGGGCAUUUCUCAGUUCAACUCCAAGGGGGUCGUGUGCACCUUUGUGGGCAGCUCUUUGCCGGGCCUGCUUAAGAGGAAGACGGUGAGUUCUGUACAGUCGGAGAUCCUGGACCCGCGCGCCGUCUCCCCACUAGAGAGAGUCCGGAACAACAGGCGGGCCGUCCGGAAAACUGGUGAGAGGAAGACCACGUCAGCUCCUGCACACUCUCUGGCGCUGGAGAAGGAUGGGGUUCGGUUCCCGGCCGCCAUGGACAACCCUAGCGCUGUGGCCAGAGUGUUGAUGCAGGAACCUGGCAAGUUGAAGGUCAACGAGAUGAGAGAGAAUAUGUUGGCUAAAAAGGCGACCAGCGAGUCAUCUCGUCAGAUGAAGGAAGCUGUGUUUGAGCACUCGGUGCGUCAGGACGUCUACGAGGAACGACAGAAUCAGCUGAGGUGGCAGGUCAAGGUCGGAGAGGAUCCCAUCAGCAGCCAGAGCAGGUUUCGAACCUUGGAGGAUCGCAGCAGGGCCCUGAAACACUACAUGUGGAGACCAGAGAGCGGCUGGAUGGGCUGGAGGGAGUGGCGGCUCACGGCGACGUGCCAGAUUUCUGCGCGGCCAAAGUGCAAGGGUUCAAGUUCCCGACGUAUAUCCCUCCCAACGUGAAGGAUGACAUG